AACAAGGACAGAGCAAUGCUGGAGAGUGGAGACCAUCAGCCAGGCAGUCCUACUCCUACACCCAUCACAUCCCAGUUCCCGGCUUCCAGCUGUGGUUGAUCAGCGAGAAGAGAGCAUCUACUUACCAGUCGUCUAGCGGCACAACACACAUAGAGAGACAGGGAGGGAGAAGAUCAAUCAAUGCAUUACCGGCCGAGCUGAUCUGAUCACCUCUCUCCUCCGGCCACUCCCCCAGGCCACCAUCCCGUUCCUCUCACAAGAAUCACUCCUGCUCCCUCCUCAGAUCUCUCUCUCGCGAGCAAAACAGGCAAAGCUUUACCCCGGGUAAGGUUACGGGCAGCCAUGAGGCGGCGGCCACCUUCCCAUUCCCGUGCCGCCGCCGCCGCUGCCGUGCUCCUGCUCCUGCUGCUGUCCCCCGCUCCGAGCUCCCAGCUCGACCUGGGCUCCGUCAUUGCCGCCUGGAUCAACGGCGCGCCACCGCCGUCUCCUAGCCCUCCCGCCGGCGCCGGCGUCGGCGCCUCCUCCUCCUCAUCCUCAGCCGCGCCGAGUCAGGAGUACACGGCGCUGCAGGCGCUGAAGGCGGCCGUCACCGAGGACCCCCGCGGCGCGCUGUCGUCGUGGCAGGGCGCCAAUGUCUGCGCCUACAGUGGCGUCUACUGCUCCGCGCCGCCCGACGGCGCGGGCGCGCCCACGGUGGUGGCGGGGAUCGACCUCAACCGCGCCAGCCUCAGGGGCACGCUCCCCGAGGCGGUCUCCCUCCUGGCGCACCUCACGUUCCUCCACCUCAACAGCAACCGCCUGGGCGGCGCCGUCCCGGACUCGCUCCGGGACCUGCAGUACCUGACGGAGCUGGACCUCAGCAAUAACCUCUUCUCCGGCCUGUUCCCGGCGUCCACGCUGCUCAUCCCGUCGCUGGUGUACCUGGACCUCCGCUUCAACGCCUUCUCCGGGGAGCUCCCGCCCGAUGUGUUCGCCAAGGACCUCGACGCCGUGUUCCUCAACGACAACCAGUUCGAGGGCCAGAUCCCGGAGACGCUGUGGUCGUCGCCCGCCACGGUCAUCACGCUCGCCAACAACCGCUUCACGGGCACCGUCCCGGCCGCCUACGGGUACGGCGGCGGCGGCGGCGGCCGGGUUCGCGAGGUGCUGUUCCUGAACAACAACCUGACCGGGUGCGUGCCCGAGGCGCUGGGGUUCCUGCCCAGCAUCCAGGUGCUGGACCUGAGCUACAACGCGCUGUCGGGGCACCUCCCCGGCACGCUGUCGUGCCUGUCCGUGAUCGAGGUGCUCAACGUGGCGCACAACCAGCUGACGGGGGAGCUCCCGGACCUGCUGUGCGACCUGCGGCGGAUCACGAACCUGUCGGUGUCCUUCAACUUCUUCUCCGGGAUCAGCCAGCGGUGCGACCGGCAGCUGGGGAGCCGCGGCGUGUUCGACUUCGUGGGCAACUGCGUGCCCGGGCGGGACAUGCAGCGGCCGCAGCCCGAGUGCGAGGGGUUCCCGGGGGAGGGCGGGCUCAGCUGCCUCCGCAUCCCCGGGGCGCGGCCCGCCGGGUGCGGCGGCGACGCGGCCGCGUCCGUGGGCGUCGGCGUCGGCGUCGGCGUCGGCGUCGGGGUCGGGGUCGGGGUCGGGGGCCUGCCGUUCGGGCUGCCAGGCGCCGCCGCCGGGGCCGGGGGCGCGGUCACCGUCACCGUGCCCUGAUCGCACCCGCUGCAGGCCGCUGGCAUUGCAUCUUUUCCUUUCGUUUUCCUUUUUUUUGGAGGCAAUUAGCCUCGAUCGGCUUGGCGCAUCGCAUCUGAUCGUUAAUUUACAUGGCGGUGGUAACGGGUGAAUAUUGGUUGGUUGGUUGGUUCUUGGCUCAUUCUGUUCAGUCUGCAUGAUCAACAGUUA